AAAGACUUUGUGAUUUGAGUGUGAGCCAGCUGCGCACUGUUGUUACUUCAGUGGAGGAUGGCAGCAUGACUCGCAAUCUUGAUGGUUUAAGUGAAGCAGAACUGUAUGACCUGAUCGUCGAGUACAUCAGAGGUGAAAAGUUGAGAGCGUUGGAGGAUGAAGGUAUGGCCCAGCUCCUGCUCCUCGACGACAUCGUGAGUGACCUGCUGUCAACGGACGUCGGAGGGGCUGGCGAUCAUCUGGCCGUGCCGCUUGAGACGGAAGACAUUCCUAACCAGCAGCAGGAAUGCCCUACUUCACCCCACACUGACCCAACACAUCCUGACAGACAUCUGGCUAUGCCAGCUGACCACAUCCCCACUCCACCAUUACACCCUAACACAGACUCUCACACACAGCCCAUUCUACCGCGGGACAGAGACAUCUCCACCUUUCCCUCAUCUAUGCUAACAGACCCUAAUACGCCCACCAAGAACUUCAACAUCCCAGCUUCAGCAUCACCGGCGCCUAGUGUUGCUGGGGUUUCCCCUGGCAGGGUGAGUCGUCCGUCCAGAGGAUAUGACCAAGUUUUGAGUCUCAGUGAUGUGGCAGCUUUGUUUCCACGCAGAGAAUUUAAGUUGCAUGGUGGACAAAUUUCAGAUCUUGGCUCUGAUAUAUCCUACAGUAGUCUGUGCAAACAAAUUGAUGAGGGGUUACAAGAAGGGUUUACUGAGUGUGAAAUAAUCAGAACCGUGCUAAAGAUAAUGAAGCCUGGUACUCUCAAAGAAAUGUUAACCAACAAAGAUGAUUUGACAGUUGAUGGUUUGAAGAAGCUUCUCCGCUCUCAUAUUCGAGACAAGAAUAGUGCUGAACUCUUUCAAGAGCUAAGUAAUGCUAAGCAGCAAGACAAAGAGAGUGCACAGCAGUUUCUGUACAGAAUUAUAGGGUUAAAACAGCGUGUACUAUUUGAGUCACGACAGCCUGGUGCAGACUUUAACUAUGACAAAAAGCUUGUGCAGGGCACCUUCCUUCACACACUUUAUCAAGGGUUCAAUGAAAAAAACAACUAUGUAAGACAAGACCUCAAACCUUUUCUUAAUGACUUGCAGGUUAGUGACGACUUUUUGCUUGAACAGAUUACAAAGUCCACCAGUGAGGAAGCUGAGAGACUGAGGCGACUGGGUACAGCAUCUAAAACUAGACCUGUGACUACAGCUAACUAAAGUGGUGAGCCAGACUGAUAGUGUGACAUCUGGAGACUCCUGCUCGCCCCUGAACCACCCUCCAACACCUCCAGCUGAGAACCGGGGCAGAUGUGGUGAUUGUGUACAGCAAGGCAAAGUGAGCUGCCCCCACUGCUUUGCGUGUGGCCAGGCAGGACAUCGGGCUAUUGGCUGCCUACGGCGGAAUGUGUCGGGAAACGGGGUGAGGUCACUGGAGAGGGGCUGCCAGUGACCGAACAA